AUGAAAGCAGUCGUGACAAAUCGGUUCCUGCCCAGGCGUUUGCUGAGCCUGGCUCUAGGUAGUGCGCUUGGACAGGGUGCGCAAGUCAAAGACGUCUCGAUUCCGGAAAUCAAGGAAAACGAAGUUUUGGUCAAAGUACGUGCCGUUGCAUUGAACCCUAUAGACUUCAAAGAUAUCGACUUCAUCUCCCCACGGAAUUCUGGGAUCGGCUGCGACUAUGCCGGCGAAGUGGCUAAAGUCGGGAAAAAUUCUGGACAGCGCUGGAAAGUUGGAGAUAAAAUCGCUGGCUUCGUUCACGGCGGUUUGUAUCCUGACAUCGGCUCAUUCGCUGAAUAUCUCAAAAUCGAUGGGGACCUCGCCUGGAAGGUACCCGAAGAGAUGACUCUUGGCGAGGCUGCUACGUAUGGAGUCCCAGCUGCUACCGCCAUGCUUGGCCUUUCUUAUCUUGAUGUCUCUUGGGCAGACGUCCAGAAUGGUCGCGACCUUGGAGAAGAGCGCCCACCAAUUUUCAUCUAUUCGGGAGGCUCUAAUGUUGGACUUUUCGCAAUUCAACUAGCGAAGAGAGCGGGUUAUAAUGUCAUUGCUACGGCCUCGCCCCGUUCCUUUGAUCUUGCCAAGCGUUAUGGUGCCGAUGCCGUAUAUGACUAUAAGUCUUCUACAGCAGUUGCCGAAAUCAAGAAAGCUUAUCCAAAUAUAACGAGGGCCCUGGAUUGUUUUUCGGAAGGCGCUUCAGCCACAUUUUGUGCCGAUUUGCUGAAAGAGGGCAAGGUUGUUACCCUUCUUGACCAAGGAAAGUCGAAGAAGCCAAACGUCACUUACAAAUUCCUUAUGGUCUAUACUGUCUUCGGCCAAGACUUCCAGUUGAUGGCGCCGAUCGGCCCAGUUUUCAAGGCUCUGCCGUCGGAUCGUGACGUUUUAAGCCAGUUUUACGGUAGCUUGUCAACCUUGAGCCUUACCGCUGUAAGGCCUCCACCGAUUACGAGGAUCAAUGGCGGGUUCAAGGAGAUAUUUGAAGGCCUGGAAACACUUCGAAAGGGCCAAGCACGCGGCACAAAGCUGGUCGUGGAGUUUGACUGA